UCUCGCGAGGCCGUCACCGCCCCCCCCCAGCCCCCCGCUAACGUCACCGGCGGAGUAGACGGGGACAACAUGGCGGAGCGGCGGAGGCACAGGAAGCGGAUCCAGGAGGUGGGUGAGCCCUUCAAGGAGGAGAAGGCUGUUGCUAAAUACCUGCGUUUCAACUGUCCAACAAAAUCCACCAACAUGAUGGGCCACCGAGUUGAUUAUUUUAUAGCCUCAAAAGCUGUGGAUUGCCUCCUGGACUCUAAAUGGGCAAAAGCAAAGAAAGGAGAAGAGGCUUUAUUUACAACGCGAGAGUCUGUAGUUGAUUACUGCAACAGACUCCUGAAAAAACAGUUCUUUCAUCGAGCAUUGAAAGUGAUGAAAAUUAAACCUGACAAGGAUACGAAGAAAGAAAAGGAAAAAGGAAAAACUGAGAGUGGGAAAGAAGAGGAGAAAAAGAGCAAGAAGGAAAGUGGCAAGGAUGAAAAAACAAAGAAGGAGAAAGAAAAGGAAAAGAAAAAGGAUGGUGAAAAAGAGGAGUGUAAAAAGGAUGAAACCCCAGGAACACCUAAGAAAAAAGAAACUAAGAGGAAAUUUAAACUGGAGCCACAUGAAGACCAAGUUUUCUUGGAUGGAAAUGAGGUGUAUGUGUGGAUCUAUGACCCUGUUCACUUUAAAACUUUUGCCAUGGGACUUGUACUUGUGAUUGCUGUUAUAGCUGCAACUCUGUUCCCGCUCUGGCCGGCAGAGAUGCGUGUUGGUGUUUAUUACCUCAGUGUAGGCGCGGGCUGCUUUGUCGCCAGCAUUCUCCUCCUCGCCGUCGCUCGCUGUAUCCUAUUCCUGAUCAUCUGGCUGAUCACUGGAGGAAGGCAUCACUUCUGGUUCCUGCCAAAUCUUACAGCAGACGUGGGGUUCAUUGACUCCUUCAGGCCCCUGUACACACACGAAUACAAAGGACCAAAAGCAGACUUAAAGAAAGAGGAAAAAUCAGAAUCCAAAAAGCAGCCAAAAUACGACAGUGAGGAGAAAUCAGACAGCGAGAAGAAAGAGGAAGACGAUGGGAAAACAGAAGCGAUGAGGAACUUGGGAACAGAGGGCUCGGGAGGAGAGCGGCACUCGGACACUGACAGCGACAGGCGCGACGACGACAGGUCCCAGCACAGUAACGGCAAUGGCAACGACUUUGAAAUGAUCACAAAAGAGGAACUGGAACAGCAAACAGACGAAGGGGAUUGUGAAGAAGAAGAGGAGGAGGAGGAGGAGGAAGAUACUGCAAGUAGGCCUUCUCAUGAAAAGUCAUAACUCACUGUGGUUCGGGGACUAAGUAUGUGCAAAUGGUUGGAUUUUCUUUGUUGGCUGAUCACCAAAACAUAGACUGUACAGUAGCAUCUUUGAUGAAAUACACGUGUCACCAAACAGUUUUAUAUCUAGUUCCUUCCUUUUUGUUUUUAACCAUUAACUUGAUGACUUGGUACUCUGUUAAUCAUUAAUACCCAUUGACAGAAGUUUUAUCAAUCUGACAAGUUUUCUAUUGAUCAAUAGAUUACCCAGAUCGUCCUCAAACGUACUGAAAAAAAAGAUCAUUUUCUGGUACUUGCAUAACCGGUCAGUUUAGCUUCUCAAACUCGCUUUUGUAAACCAGGUAAGAGUUGAAUGACCAAAUCUCAGAUAAUUCCUCAUUACUCAUUUGAUAGUGAAUAGUAAAGCCCUCCUUAGCCCACGGCUUUCUUGAUAUUUUUUCUUGAUUUUUUUUGUUUGUUUUCAAAAGAUUCUGAGAACUUUCCUGAGAGAACUAGUUUGAGCAGAAGUACUUUGCUGAAAACAGAAAAAACUGGUAGUGCCGAUUUGGCUGCAGCACUCUGUGUCCCCCUGAACACGUGCCAGCAACCGAGGAAAUCCAAACUGGGUUUGUACAUCUGGUUCAGAGAAAGGUGUCAUCUCCCGCAGGCGAAGGAAGCAGCACGGCUUGGAAGUGAGGGCUGUUCCCUUUCCCCUGCUCCUUCAUAAGUAAAAAAAAUACUAAAUGUAUUCUGUACAUAAUUUACAAAUAAAGCAAAACCAUUUACUUUAA